AUGCGUUUGAAAUCCAUUUUAUCAAGUUUGCUAUUAUUAGCUGCGAUUCUUGUACCAGUACUGGCGGAUACGACAAUAUAUUACAGUACUUAUUGGACUGGUACCUUUGCUUAUACAUAUUCUGCAUCAUACUCAACAACAACAAAUCUUAUUAUCUUUGUCACUACAACGACAUAUUAUUACAUAUACACGCCUAGGGGUACGACAUCAACGUCAAUACUUACAUUUGUUAAUGGAAUCAGUACCUCUUCACUCGCAACCAGAUCUUCAACCACACUAGGUGUUGCUAAUGGGUAUCAGACAGUUGUAUAUGUUACUAUUACUUAUUAUCCAAUUUUUAACACUGCAAUUACUACAUCAUCGAGAGCAACACAAUAUGUUGGAGCUGCAGCAACUACUUAUAGCACAAUUUCAACUUAUACCUUAGGGACAGAUGGAUAUUAUACCACUCUUUACAUUUAUCAAGUUGCGAUACCAAAUAAUUUUUACUUAUCAACUACUACUUCGAUCUGGAGAGAGACUUAUAUGACAACGAGCGCCUCGUUAAUUACUACAAAGGGAAGUGAUGGUACUGAUACGGUUGGAACCGUUUAUUAUGUCUAUACUACUAGAUCUCCUGGUAUAUCUAUCACAAGUGUUUGGACAGGAACAUAUACCACAUUUUAUUCUACUAGUGUAUCAUAUAGUACAGAAUUUCAUUUAAUCUUGGGAAAUACUACUUAUACCACUACGUAUUAUUUUAUCGCCAUUCCGCGUAAUUAUUCCACUUCUAGAAGCACUGGGGGUUAUAAUGGAUCGAUAACUUCGACUACAUCUACCUCAGUAUUCGUAUUUACAGGAAAAGAUGGAAAUGUAACAACAGAAACCAUCUACUAUGUGGCAACCCCAUAUCGUCGUUCAACAACCACGAUAUCAGUUACGAGUAACUUCAAUGCUGCUUCAACUUCAACGUAUUCUACUAUAUAUAAUACUGUGACAGAUGUUAACGGUAAUGAAACUACUCAAACAACAUAUUAUGUUGCUAUUCCAACCAAUUUUUUAAAGACAACAACCACUGAAGGUUGGACUGGUAAUUAUUUAACGACACAUGCUACAUCCAAAACCGUAACAACAGGUUCAGACGGCAUUUUGACUACUGGUACUAUUUACUAUGUUUGGACUACUAGAAACCCUGGUGUAGGAAUUACAUCACCAUGGACAGGUUCAUACACAACGUAUUAUUCUACUUCUGUGUCAUAUAGCACUGUCUAUUUAUUUUUUAUCCCAAUUAGCACUUUGACUACAACCUUCUACUAUAUCCAUAUACCAAUUUAUUUGUCGACUACUAGAGCCACUUACCCUGGAAGUUUCUCUUUUACUACGACAUAUUCUACAAUAAUUGUUUCGUAUUUUGGAGAGGACGGCAAUGUGACUACAGAAUUCAUAUAUUUAAUUUAUACUCCAACUUAUCGUUCUACCAUCACCUUUACAACUAGAGGUGGAGCUGGUACAGUGUCUAAUACAUAUGGUACAUUAUUUCAAACUGUUACAAACGCUCAAGGUAUUGAAACCACUGAAACAACAUAUUAUGUUGCCAUUCCUGACGCCUUAUUCUAUACGACUACAACAGCUCCAUGGAGUGGAUAUUACACGUUAACUUAUUCGGAAGGUUUUACAACAAUUGUUGGCAAUGACAAAUAUUCAACUAUUAAAACAAUCUUUUACGUAGAAACACCUUUCCCGUGGGGUUAUUAUGUAGUUACGCCUUGGACUGGGUCUUAUACAACUUAUAAUCAAAGUGGUUACACAUUGGCAUUUGGUUUCUUCUUAAUUUUCUUUGGUUUAUGGGUAUACCCGUUAUAUUAUUUAUCUACACCAAUAAGAUCGACACAGUUCACUAGUUUAACAAGUGCAUGGGAUAAUAAAUAUAUCUCUCAAUCAGUAAGGACAACAACUGUUGUAGGUUAUGAUGGGGAGUCUACCACUGAAACAAUUUAUUACAUUUUUACCCCUGCUAAAAGCUUUACUAGUACACGAUAUAUACAAGGUAGUUUUACGGGUACUUCAAGAUCAACAAUAUCUACAGUUACCGUAAAAACAGGUGGAAUUUACAAUUAUCAAUGGGAAGUGAUUUACUAUGUAUUAUUACCUGUCAAUGCGGCUCAGUCUACAACUUUAGUUUCUUGGACUGGUUCAUAUGUCACAACUAGUAGAAUAUUCACUACCACUUCAACAGGUAAUGAUGGUAUUAUUUCAACGAUUACUGUGUACGUUGUCGAAACUCCUUCAAUACCACCCCAGACUACUUUCAUUCCAUGGACCGGAUCUUAUACCUCAACUAUUUCCACAAGUGUUUAUACAACUUUAGAUUAUAUUGAUGACCUCUUAGCUUUGUGGACCUUAUCUGUAUAUGUAGUUGAGACACCAAUUAGAAAAUCCACAUCAUACCAAUAUACAUAUUGGACUGGGUCAUUUUCAUCCACUUAUUCCACAGAAAUAAUUACUGAAGUUGACUAUUUAGGAAAUGAAACAACAGAGACAAUAUAUUAUAUAAUGACUCCUCCAAGAAAGAUGACAAGCACUCAAUAUUUCCCAUUAUCCGGAAGUUCUAUUACCACCACAGUUUCUACAAUUAUAUCUACACUAAUAGGUACUGAUGGAUUUGAAACCACAGAAACCAUAUAUUAUGUUGCUGUUCCUACAGAAGUUGGUGUAACAACAGUUUUUACUUCUUGGACAGGAACAUUUAUUAGUUUAUUCUCAACCUCCAUAUCGAAUGGGUUACUAUCUUCUCUCACAAUUUACUUUAUAGAGACUCCAAUCGAUACAGGUGAAAUAUCAUAUGUUCCAUGGGGUGGUGACUAUACUUCUACAUUUUUGACGACUAUAAUUACAAGUUAUGGAUAUUCAAGUACAUUUUUUGGUGCAUGGACACGUACUAUUUAUUUGGUUGAAACACCAACUCAUGUAACUACUGUUACUAAACAUACUCCGUGGAAAGAAACCGAAACCGAAACAUAUUCGACAUAUAUGACUACGGUAACUGGUUUAGACGGAAUAUUAACUACUGAGCUUGUUUAUCUUGUUUUUACUCCUUAUCGUGUGACAACAAGUUCUUUGAUUACUGCAUGGCAGAAUUCCCAAACCUCAACAUAUUCAACAUCAGAAAUAAUUUCAGUUGGAAGUGAUGGUUUGGAAACUACUACAAUUGUGUACAUUAUAGGGACACCUCAACAUGUUUUAACUUCGACAUCAUUCAUGGGAUGGAACAGUGCUGACACCUCUACAUUUUCAACCCUGAUUACUACAUAUCUAAAUAGUGAUGGAUUUGACAUUACAGAAACGAUCUAUUACGUUAAUAGUCCUUUACGUUAUUAUACUAGUACGUCAUAUACCGCUAGAGAUGUGUUAUUUACGUCGACAUUCUCCACAUUAAUAACCACGGUAACUAAUUCCAUUGGUGAAGAAAUUACCGAAACUGUUUAUUUUGUCGAAAAACCUAAAAGGGAUACCACUUCCACAAGUUAUUCGCACUGGAUGGAUUUACGUACAGAAACAUAUUCAACCCUAGUUACAACAAUUAGAGAUAAUGAUGGUAAUGAAACAACAGAAACAGUCUAUUUUGUUUAUACACCUGUACGUGCCACAACUUCAUUUGUAUUCAGUCCUGGUGCUCUUCAAAGUUCUACAUAUUCAACUUUAAUUAGAACUCUUACUGGUGAUGAUGGGAUGGAGACAACUGAAACAGUUUAUUAUGUUAGUACACCUAUCAGAAAAUCAACUGUAACUUCUAUUUCCAAUUGGUCUAUGAGAUCAGUUUCAACAGUUUCAACAGUUAUUACGACUAUCACUGACAGUUUCGGCAUUGAAAUUACAGAGACAAUAUAUUACGUCAAUUCCCCUGAUUUUAGAUUAACUUCAACUGUAUUCUACCAAGGUUCUGAUACAUUUGCUAGUACCUAUUUAACGUUAACCACCACCCAUGUUGAUAGCGAUGGAUUUUCUACAAUAGAAACCAUUUUUUAUGUCGUGACACCACCAAAAAGUAGUGUUACCACUUCUUAUACGUACUGGACUGGGUCAUUUAGUUCCACAAUUUCAACAAUUUUUUCUACCUAUAUUGAUAAUUCCAGUAAUGUGGCUACACAAACUAUAUUUGUAGUCGAAACUCCAUGGCAUAUUAGUAGCAGUACUACAUUUAAAGAAUGGAACGGCGUAGGGACUUCAACGUAUUCAACAUUAACUAUUAUUAGUACAGAUUCUUCGGGAAUCGAGACUACUGAUAUCAUUUACUUUGUCUACAAGACUUAUACCCACUCCAGUGUCACGUCAUAUACUGCUGUAACUGAUUCUACUACAUUUACAUUAUCUACCAUUGUAAGUACAUUAACUGAUGACGAUGGUAGUGAGACAAUAGAAACAAUUUAUAUUAUUGCCACACCGAUGAGAACCACUAUCUCAAUAAGCUAUUCUUUUGGAACUGACAGUUCAACAAUAACUUUAUCAACUAGUUUUGUAACCUUUACAGGUUCUGAUGGAAAUGAGACAACUGAAAUAAUUUAUUUCGUAAGAACUCCUAUACGUGGAACCACUUCUACCGCAAUAGUAGCAGCUCCUUUAUCGUUUACUUCAACGUAUUCUACAUUUAUCGCAACUAUCUCUGGCCAAGACGGAGAGGAAACUACUCAAACAAUUUAUUUUGUUCUAACUCCUAAAAGAGGCUAUGAAACUACCAGCUACGAGGAAAGAUCAGUUUUCAAUGAAAUUACUGCCUCUACUAUUACUACAAUAUUUACUGGCUCUGAUGGAUAUGAGACAACAGCGACGCUAUACAUCGUCUAUACUCCAUUCCCUAUAUCGUCACAACAUUUAUUGAGCUCAUCUGGUCUUUCAGAAGCUACCAUUUCAUUUAUCACAAAUAGUUCAAUUGUAGUUUCAAGCACCUCAAGUGAACUCAACAAUUCAAUUUCUGAGGGUGCCACAAAUGUUGAUUCCAGUAAUCUAUUAUCAACAUCGGACGAAUAUACAGAUACCACAUCAUCAUCAUACCAAAAUGCAAUAUCACAAAAUAACACUGAUCACACAACUGAUCUUAUUUCCUCGGAAGAAUCACAUCAAACAUUAUCAAAUGCUACACAUCCAGUUGAGCACACCUCCAGAUCAUCUGAGGAAUCAUUGGAAGUAUCCACUUUCACUACCACAGAUUCUGAGGGUAAUGUAUCCACAGGUACCACUACUUACCCAGUUGAGCACACCUCCAGAUCAUCUGAGGAAUCAUUGGAAGUAUCCACUUUCACUACCACAGAUUCUGAGGGUAAUGUGUCCACUGGCACCACUACUUACCCAGUUGAGCACACCUCCAGAUCAUCUGAGGAAUCAUUGGAAGUAUCCACUUUCACUACCACAGAUUCUGAGGGUAAUGUGUCCACAGGUACCACUACUUACCCAGUUGAGCACACCUCCAGAUCAUCUGAGGAAUCAUUGGAAGUAUCCACUUUCACUACCACAUAUUCUGAGGGUAAUGUGUCCACUGGCACCACUACUUACCCAGUUGAACACACCUCUAGAUCUUCUGAGGAAUCAUUGGAAGUUUCCACUUUCACCACUACAGACUCUGAAGGUAACGUUUCCACCGGUACCACUACUUACCCAGUUGAACACACCUCCAGAUCUUCUGAGGAAUCGUUAGAAGUUUCCACUUUCACCACUACAGACUCUGAAGGUAACGUUUCCACCGGUACCAUCACUUACCCAGUUGAACACACCUCCAGAUCAUCUGAGGAAUCAUUGGAAGUAUCCACUUUCACUACCACAGAUUCUGAGGGUAAUGUGUCCACAGGUACCACUACUUACCCAGUUGAGCACACCUCCAGAUCAUCUGAGGAAUCAUUGGAAGUAUCCACUUUCACUACCACAGAUUCUGAGGGUAAUGUGUCCACAGGUACCACUACUUACCCAGUUGAGCACACCUCCAGAUCAUCUGAGGAAUCAUUGGAAGUAUCCACUUUCACUACCACUGAUUCUGAAGGUAAUGUGUCCACUGGCACCACUACUUACCCAGUUGAGCACACCUCCAGAUCAUCUGAGGAAUCAUUGGAAGUAUCCACUUUCACUACCACAGAUUCUGAGGGUAAUGUGUCCACUGGCACCACUACUUACCCAGUUGAGCACACCUCCAGAUCAUCUGAGGAAUCAUUGGAAGUAUCCACUUUCACUACCACAGAUUCUGAGGGUAAUGUAUCCACUGGCACCACUACUUACCCAGUUGAGCACACCUCCAGAUCAUCUGAGGAAUCAUUGGAAGUAUCCACUUUCACUACCACAGAUUCUGAGGGUAAUGUGUCCACUGGCACCACUACUUACCCAGUUGAGCACACCUCCAGAUCAUCUGAGGAAUCAUUGGAAGUAUCCACUUUCACUACCACAGAUUCUGAGGGUAAUGUGUCCACUGGCACCACUACUUACCCAGUUGAGCACACCUCCAGAUCAUCUGAGGAAUCAUUGGAAGUAUCCACUUUCACUACCACAGAUUCUGAGGGUAAUGUGUCCACAGGUACCACUACUUACCCAGUUGAGCACACCUCCAGAUCAUCUGAGGAAUCAUUGGAAGUAUCCACUUUCACUACCACAGAUUCUGAGGGUAAUGUGUCCACUGGCACCACUACUUACCCAGUUGAGCACACUUCCAGAUCAUCUGAGGAAUCAUUGGAAGUAUCCACUUUCACUACCACAGAUUCUGAGGGUAAUGUGUCCACAGGUACCACUACUUACCCAGUUGAGCACACCUCCAGAUCAUCUGAGGAAUCAUUGGAAGUAUCCACUUUCACUACCACAGAUUCUGAGGGUAAUGUGUCCACAGGUACCACUACUUACCCAGUUGAGCACACCUCCAGAUCAUCUGAGGAAUCAUUGGAAGUAUCCACUUUCACUACCACAGAUUCUGAGGGUAAUGUGUCCACAGGUACCACUACUUACCCAGUUGAGCACACCUCCAGAUCAUCUGAGGAAUCAUUGGAAGUAUCCACUUUCACUACCACUGAUUCUGAAGGUAAUGUAUCCACUGGCACCACUACUUACCCGGUUGAGCACACCUCCAGAUCAUCUGAGGAAUCAUUGGAAGUAUCCACUUUCACUACCACAGAUUCUGAGGGUAAUGUGUCCACUGGCACCACUACUUACCCAGUUGAGCACACCUCCAGAUCAUCUGAGGAAUCAUUGGAAGUAUCCACUUUCACUACCACAGAUUCUGAGGGUAAUGUGUCCACAGGUACCACUACUUACCCAGUUGAGCACACCUCCAGAUCAUCUGAGGAAUCAUUGGAAGUAUCCACUUUCACUACCACAGAUUCUGAGGGUAAUGUGUCCACUGGCACCACUACUUACCCAGUUGAACACACCUCCAGAUCAUCUGAGGGAUCAUUGGAAGUAUCCACUUUCACUACCACAGAUUCUGAGGGUAAUGUGUCCACAGGUACCACUACUUACCCAGUUGAGCACACCUCCAGAUCAUCUGAGGAAUCAUUGGAAGUAUCCACUUUCACUACCACAGAUUCUGAAGGUAAUGUGUCCACUGGCACCACUACUUACCCAGUUGAGCACACUUUCAGAUCAUCUGAGGAAUCAUUGGAAGUAUCCACUUUCACUACCACAGAUUCUGAGGGUAAUGUGUCCACAGGUACCACUACUUACCCAGUUGAGCACACCUCCAGAUCAUCUGAGGAAUCAUUGGAAGUAUCCACUUUCACUACCACAGAUUCUGAGGGUAAUGUGUCCACAGGUACCACUACUUACCCAGUUGAGCACACCUCCAGAUCAUCUGAGGAAUCAUUGGAAGUAUCCACUUUCACUACCACUGAUUCUGAGGGUAAUGUGUCCACAGGUACCACUACUUACCCAGUUGAGCACACCUCCAGAUCAUCUGAGGAAUCAUUGGAAGUAUCCACUUUCACUACCACAGAUUCUGAGGGUAAUGUGUCCACAGGUACCACUACUUACCCAGUUGAGCACACCUCCAGAUCAUCUGAGGAAUCAUUGGAAGUAUCCACUUUCACUACCACUGAUUCUGAAGGUAAUGUGUCCACUGGCACCACUACUUACCCAGUUGAGCACACCUCCAGAUCAUCUGAGGAAUCAUUGGAAGUAUCCACUUUCACUACCACAGAUUCUGAGGGUAAUGUGUCCACUGGCACCACUACUUACCCAGUUGAGCACACCUCCAGAUCAUCUGAGGAAUCAUUGGAAGUAUCCACUUUCACUACCACAGAUUCUGAGGGUAAUGUGUCCACUGGCACCACUACUUACCCAGUUGAACACACCUCCAGAUCAUCUGAGGAAUCAUUGGAAGUAUCCACUUUCACUACCACAGAUUCUGAGGGUAAUGUGUCCACAGGUACCACUACUUACCCAGUUGAGCACACCUCCAGAUCAUCUGAGGAAUCAUUGGAAGUAUCCACUUUCACUACCACAGAUUCUGAAGGUAAUGUGUCCACUGGCACCACUACUUACCCAGUUGAGCACACUUUCAGAUCAUCUGAGGAAUCAUUGGAAGUAUCCACUUUCACUACCACAGAUUCUGAGGGUAAUGUGUCCACAGGUACCACUACUUACCCAGUUGAGCACACCUCCAGAUCAUCUGAGGAAUCAUUGGAAGUAUCCACUUUCACUACCACAGAUUCUGAGGGUAAUGUGUCCACAGGUACCACUACUUACCCAGUUGAGCACACCUCCAGAUCAUCUGAGGAAUCAUUGGAAGUAUCCACUUUCACUACCACAGAUUCUGAGGGUAAUGUGUCCACUGGCACCACUACUUACCCAGUUGAGCACACCUCCAGAUCAUCUGAGGAAUCAUUGGAAGUAUCCACUUUCACUACCACAGAUUCUGAGGGUAAUGUGUCCACAGGUACCACUACUUACCCAGUUGAGCACACCUCCAGAUCAUCUGAGGAAUCAUUGGAAGUAUCCACUUUCACUACCACAGAUUCUGAGGGUAAUGUGUCCACUGGCACCACUACUUACCCAGUUGAGCACACCUCCAGAUCAUCUGAGGAAUCAUUGGAAGUAUCCACUUUCACUACCACAGAUUCUGAGGGUAAUGUGUCCACAGGUACCACUACUUACCCAGUUGAGCACACCUCCAGAUCAUCUGAGGAAUCAUUGGAAGUAUCCACUUUCACUACCACAUAUUCUGAGGGUAAUGUGUCCACUGGCACCACUACUUACCCAGUUGAACACACCUCUAGAUCUUCUGAGGAAUCAUUGGAAGUUUCCACUUUCACCACUACAGACUCUGAAGGUAACGUUUCCACCGGUACCACUACUUACCCAGUUGAACACACCUCCAGAUCUUCUGAGGAAUCGUUAGAAGUUUCCACUUUCACCACUACAGACUCUGAAGGUAACGUUUCCACCGGUACCAUCACUUACCCAGUUGAACACACCUCCAGAUCAUCUGAGGAAUCAUUGGAAGUAUCCACUUUCACUACCACAGAUUCUGAGGGUAAUGUGUCCACAGGUACCACUACUUACCCAGUUGAGCACACCUCCAGAUCAUCUGAGGAAUCAUUGGAAGUAUCCACUUUCACUACCACAGAUUCUGAGGGUAAUGUGUCCACAGGUACCACUACUUACCCAGUUGAGCACACCUCCAGAUCAUCUGAGGAAUCAUUGGAAGUAUCCACUUUCACUACCACUGAUUCUGAAGGUAAUGUGUCCACUGGCACCACUACUUACCCAGUUGAGCACACCUCCAGAUCAUCUGAGGAAUCAUUGGAAGUAUCCACUUUCACUACCACAGAUUCUGAGGGUAAUGUGUCCACUGGCACCACUACUUACCCAGUUGAGCACACCUCCAGAUCAUCUGAGGAAUCAUUGGAAGUAUCCACUUUCACUACCACAGAUUCUGAGGGUAAUGUAUCCACUGGCACCACUACUUACCCAGUUGAGCACACCUCCAGAUCAUCUGAGGAAUCAUUGGAAGUAUCCACUUUCACUACCACAGAUUCUGAAGGUAAUGUGUCCACUGGCACCACUACUUACCCAGUUGAGCACACCUCCAGAUCAUCUGAGGAAUCAUUGGAAGUAUCCACUUUCACUACCACAGAUUCUGAGGGUAAUGUAUCCACUGGCACCACUACUUACCCGGUUGAGCACACCUCCAGAUCAUCUGAGGAAUCAUUGGAAGUAUCCACUUUCACUACCACAGAUUCUGAGGGUAAUGUGUCCACUGGCACCACUACUUACCCAGUUGAGCACACCUCCAGAUCAUCUGAGGAAUCAUUGGAAGUAUCCACUUUCACUACCACAGAUUCUGAGGGUAAUGUGUCCACAGGUACCACUACUUACCCAGUUGAGCACACCUCCAGAUCAUCUGAGGAAUCAUUGGAAGUAUCCACUUUCACUACCACAGAUUCUGAGGGUAAUGUGUCCACAGGUACCACUACUUACCCAGUUGAGCACACCUCCAGAUCAUCUGAGGAAUCAUUGGAAGUAUCCACUUUCACUACCACAGAUUCUGAGGGUAAUGUGUCCACUGGCACCACUACUUACCCAGUUGAGCACACCUCCAGAUCAUCUGAGGAAUCAUUGGAAGUAUCCACUUUCACUACCACAGAUUCUGAGGGUAAUGUAUCCACUGGCACCACUACUUACCCAGUUGAGCACACCUCCAGAUCAUCUGAGGAAUCAUUGGAAGUAUCCACUUUCACUACCACUGAUUCUGAAGGUAAUGUGUCCACUGGCACCACUACUUACCCAGUUGAGCACACCUCCAGAUCAUCUGAGGAAUCAUUGGAAGUAUCCACUUUCACUACCACAGAUUCUGAGGGUAAUGUGUCCACUGGCACCACUACUUACCCAGUUGAGCACACCUCCAGAUCAUCUGAGGAAUCAUUGGAAGUAUCCACUUUCACUACCACAGAUUCUGAGGGUAAUGUGUCCACAGGUACCACUACUUACCCAGUUGAGCACACCUCCAGAUCAUCUGAGGAAUCAUUGGAAGUAUCCACUUUCACUACCACAGAUUCUGAGGGUAAUGUGUCCACAGGUACCACUACUUACCCAGUUGAGCACACCUCCAGAUCAUCUGAGGAAUCAUUGGAAGUAUCCACUUUCACUACCACAGAUUCUGAGGGUAAUGUGUCCAUUGGCACCACUACUUACCCAGUUGAGCACACCUCCAGAUCAUCUGAGGAAUCAUUGGAAGUAUCCACUUUCACUACCACUGAUUCUGAAGGUAAUGUGUCCACUGGCACCACUACUUACCCAGUUGAGCACACCUCCAGAUCAUCUGAGGAAUCAUUGGAAGUAUCCACUUUCACUACCACUGAUUCUGAGGGUAAUGUGUCCACAGGUACCACUACUUACCCAGUUGAGCACACCUCCAGAUCAUCUGAGGAAUCAUUGGAAGUAUCCACUUUCACUACCACAGAUUCUGAAGGUAAUGUGUCCACUGACACUACUACUUUCCCAGUCAUUUCGAUUUCAUCUAAUAUAGAAGAGUCAGGAACUUCGGUUCGAAGUAUUAGUGAUGAAUCGGUUUUGUUUAUUGAUUCAUCUGGUUUAGGUCCUUCUACUAUUUCGGAUAAUGUUUUGACCAGUAAGCCUAUCACAACAGCUCUUUCAACUAUAGGUUAUUAUAAUUCGUCUUCUUUAAUGUCUAUUUAUUCGUCAAUGUCAAGCUCAGAAAAAUUAUGCCAUUCAUUCCUGUCAUUACAAUCUAAAACUUAUAACGUAAACGAUGAUUUAACAGAAAACUUCAAGUCAAUUUCAACAAACUCCUACAAUUCCGUCACAUCAAACACAAUAACAAAAACAAGCACUUCUUCUGGUGUUCCAGCUCCAGUCACCACCACUAUUACUUCUGGCAGCCACACUGAAACCGAUGUCAUCUCUUACUACACCACUACCGACUCUGAAGGUGAAUUAGUUACUACUUCUACCACCUACCCAGUCACUUCUUCUGGUGUUCCAGCUCCAGUCACCACCACUAUCACUUCUGGUAGCCACACUGAAACCGAUGUCAUCUCUUACUACACCACUACCGACUCCGAAGGUGAAUUAGUUACCACUUCUACCACCUACCCAGUCACUUCUUCUGGUGUUCCAGCUCCAGUCACCACCACUAUUACUUCUGGCAGCCACACUGAAACCGAUGUCAUCUCUUACUACACCACUACCGACUCCGAAGGUGAAUUAGUUACCACUUCUACCACCUACCCAGUCACUUCUUCUGGUGUUCCAGCUCCAGUCACCACCACUAUCACUUCUGGCAGCCACACUGAAACCGAUGUCAUCUCUUACUACACCACUACCGACUCCGAAGGUGAAUUAGUUACCACUUCUACCACCUACCCAGUCACUUCUUCUGGUGUUCCAGCUCCAGUCACCACCACUAUCACUUCUGGCAGCCACACUGAAACCGAUGUCAUCUCUUACUACACCACUACCGACUCUGAAGGUGAAUUAGUUACCACUUCUACCACCUACCCAGUCACUUCUUCUGGUGUUCCAGCUCCAGUCACCACCACUAUCACUUCUGGCAGCCACACUGAAACCGAUGUCAUCUCUUACUACACCACUACCGACUCCGAAGGUGAAUUAGUUACCACUUCUACCACCUACCCAGUCACUUCUUCUGGUGUUCCAGCUCCAGUCACCACCACUAUCACUUCUGGCAGCCACACUGAAACCGAUGUCAUCUCUUACUACACCACUACCGACUCUGAAGGUGAAUUAGUUACCACUUCUACCACCUACCCAGUCACUUCUUCUGGUGUUCCAGCUCCAGUCACCACCACUAUCACUUCUGGCAGCCACACUGAAACCGAUGUCAUCUCUUACUACACCACUACCGACUCUGAAGGUGAAUUAGUUACCACUUCUACCACCUACCCAGUCACUUCUUCUGGUGUUCCAGCUCCAGUCACCACCACUAUCACUUCUGGCAGCCACACUGAAACCGAUGUCAUCUCUUACUACACCACUACCGACUCUGAAGGUGAAUUAGUUACCACUUCUACCACCUACCCAGUCACUUCUUCUGGUGUUCCAGCUCCAGUCACCACCACUAUCACUUCUGGCAGCCACACUGAAACCGAUGUCAUCUCUUACUACACCACUACCGACUCUGAAGGUGAAUUAGUUACCACUUCUACCACCUACCCAGUCACUUCUUCUGGUGUUCCAGCUCCAGUCACCACCACUAUCACUUCUGGCAGCCACACUGAAACCGAUGUCAUCUCUUACUACACCACUACCGACUCUGAAGGUGAAUUAGUUACCACUUCUACCACCUACCCAGUCACUUCUUCUGGUGUUCCAGCUCCAGUCACCACCACUAUUACUUCUGGCAGCCACACUGAAACCGAUGUCAUCUCUUACUACACCACUACCGACUCUGAAGGUGAAUUAGUUACCACUUCUACCACCUACCCAGUCACUUCUUCUGGUGUUCCAGCUCCAGUCACCACCACUAUCACUUCUGGCAGCCACACUGAAACCGAUGUCAUCUCUUACUACACCACUACCGACUCUGAAGGUGAAUUAGUUACCACUUCUACCACCUACCCAGUCACUUCUUCUGGUGUUCCAGCUCCAGUCACCACCACUAUCACUUCUGGUAGCCACACUGAAACCGAUGUCAUCUCUUACUACACCACUACCGACUCUGAAGGUGAAUUAGUUACCACUUCUACCACCUACCCAGUCACUUCUUCUGGUGUUCCAGCUCCAGUCACCACCACUAUCACUUCUGGCAGCCACACUGAAACCGAUGUCAUCUCUUACUACACCACUACCGACUCUGAAGGUGAAUUAGUUACCACUUCUACCACCUACCCAGUCACUUCUUCUGGUGUUCCAGCUCCAGUCACCACCACUAUCACUUCUGGUAGCCACACUGAAACCGAUGUCAUCUCUUACUACACCACUACCGACUCCGAAGGUGAAUUAGUUACCACUUCUACCACCUACCCAGUCACUUCUUCUGGUGUUCCAGCUCCAGUCACCACCACUAUCACUUCUGGCAGCCACACUGAAACCGAUGUCAUCUCUUACUACACCACUACCGACUCUGAAGGUGAAUUAGUUACCACUUCUACCACCUACCCAGUCACUUCUUCUGGUGUUCCAGCUCCAGUCACCACCACUAUCACUUCUGGUAGCCACACUGAAACCGAUGUCAUCUCUUACUACACCACUACCGACUCCGAAGGUGAAUUAGUUACCACUUCUACCACCUACCCAGUCACUUCUUCUGGUGUUCCAGCUCCAGUCACCACCACUAUCACUUCUGGCAGCCACACUGAAACCGAUGUCAUCUCUUACUACACCACUACCGACUCUGAAGGUGAAUUAGUUACCACUUCUACCACCUACCCAGUCACUUCUUCUGGUGUUCCAGCUCCAGUCACCACCACUAUCACUUCUGGUAGCCACACUGAAACCGAUGUCAUCUCUUACUACACCACUACCGACUCCGAAGGUGAAUUAGUUACCACUUCUACCACCUACCCAGUCACUUCUUCUGGUGUUCCAGCUCCAGUCACCACCACUAUCACUUCUGGCAGCCACACUGAAACCGAUGUCAUCUCUUACUACACCACUACCGACUCCGAAGGUGAAUUAGUUACCACUUCUACCACCUACCCAGUCACUUCUUCUGGUGUUCCAGCUCCAGUCACCACCACUAUCACUUCUGGCAGCCACACUGAAACCGAUGUCAUCUCUUACUACACCACUACCGACUCUGAAGGUGAAUUAGUUACCACUUCUACCACCUACCCAGUCACUUCUUCUGGUGUUCCAGCUCCAGUCACCACCACUAUCACUUCUGGCAGCCACACUGAAACCGAUGUCAUCUCUUACUACACCACUACCGACUCCGAAGGUGAAUUAGUUACCACUUCUACCACCUACCCAGUCACUUCUUCUGGUGUUCCAGCUCCAGUCACCACCACUAUCACUUCUGGCAGCCACACUGAAACCGAUGUCAUCUCUUACUACACCACUACCGACUCCGAAGGUGAAUUAGUUACCACUUCUACCACCUACCCAGUCACUUCUUCUGGUGUUCCAGCUCCAGUCACCACCACUAUCACUUCUGGCAGCCACACUGAAACCGAUGUCAUCUCUUACUACACCACUACCGACUCCGAAGGUGAAUUAGUUACCACUUCUACCACCUACCCAGUCACUUCUUCUGGUGUUCCAGCUCCAGUCACCACCACUAUCACUUCUGGCAGCCACACUGAAACCGAUGUCAUCUCUUACUACACCACUACCGACUCUGAAGGUGAAUUAGUUACCACUUCUACCACCUACCCAGUCACUUCUUCUGGUGUUCCAGCUCCAGUCACCACCACUAUCACUUCUGGCAGCCACACUGAAACCGAUGUCAUCUCUUACUACACCACUACCGACUCCGAAGGUGAAUUAGUUACCACUUCUACCACCUACCCAGUCACUUCUUCUGGUGUUCCAGCUCCAGUCACCACCACUAUCACUUCUGGCAGCCACACUGAAACCGAUGUCAUCUCUUACUACACCACUACCGACUCUGAAGGUGAAUUAGUUACCACUUCUACCACCUACCCAGUCACUUCUUCUGGUGUUCCAGCUCCAGUCACCACCACUAUUACUUCUGGCAGCCACACUGAAACCGAUGUCAUCUCUUACUACACCACUACCGACUCUGAAGGUGAAUUAGUUACCACUUCUACCACCUACCCAGUCACCUCUUCUGGUGUUCCAGCUCCAGUCACUACAGUUGUAUCCUCUGGUAGCCACACCGAAACCGAUGUCAUCUCUUUCUACACCACUACCGACUCUGAAGGUGAAGUCGUUACCACUUCUACCACCUACCCAGUCACCUCUUCUGGUGUUCCAGCUCCAGUCACUACUGUUGUAUCCUCUGGUAGCCACACCGAAACUGAUGUCAUCUCUUUCUACACCACUACCGACUCUGAAGGUGAAGUCGUUACCACUUCUACCACCUACCCAGUCACCUCUUCUGGUGUUCCAGCUCCAGUCACUACUGUCGUAUCCUCUGGUAGCCACACCGAAACCGAUGUCAUCUCUUUCUACACCACUACCGACUCUGAAGGUGAAGUCGUUACCACUUCUACCACCUACCCAGUCACCUCUUCUGGUGUUCCAGCUCCAGUCACUACAGUUGUAUCCUCUGGUAGCCACACCGAAACCGAUGUCAUCUCUUUCUACACCACUACCGACUCUGAAGGUGAAGUCGUUACCACUUCUACCACCUACCCAGUCACCUCAUCAGGUGUUCCAGCUCCAGUCACUACUGUUGUAUCCUCUGGUAGCCACACCGAAACUGAUGUCAUCUCUUUCUACACCACUACCGACUCUGAAGGUGAAGUCGUUACCACUUCUACCACCUACCCAGUCACCUCUUCUGGUGUUCCAGCUCCAGUCACUACUGUUGUAUCCUCUGGUAGCCACACCGAAACCGAUGUCAUCUCUUUCUACACCACUACCGACUCUGAAGGUGAAGUCGUUACCACUUCUACCACCUACCCAGUCACCUCUUCUGGUGUUCCAGCUCCAGUCACUACUGUUGUAUCCUCUGGUAGCCACACCGAAACCGACGUCAUCUCUUUCUACACCACUACCGACUCUGAAGGUGAAGUCGUUACCACUUCUACCACCUACCCAGUCACCUCAUCAGGUGUUCCAGCUCCAGUCACUACUGUUGUAUCCUCUGGUAGCCACACCGAAACCGAUGUCAUCUCUUUCUACACCACUACCGACUCUGAAGGUGAAGUCGUUACCACUUCUACCACCUACCCAGUCACCUCAUCAGGUGUUCCAGCUCCAGUCACUACUGUUGUAUCCUCUGGUAGCCACACCGAAACCGACGUCAUCUCUUUCUACACCACUACCGACUCUGAAGGUGAAGUCGUUACCACUUCUACCACCUACCCAGUCACCUCAUCAGGUGUUCCAGCUCCAGUCACUACUGUUGUAUCCUCUGGUAGCCACACCGAAACCGAUGUCAUCUCUUUCUACACCACUACCGACUCUGAAGGUGAAGUCGUUACCACUUCUACCACCUACCCAGUCACCUCAUCAGGUGUUCCAGCUCCAGUCACUACUGUUGUAUCCUCUGGUAGCCACACCGAAACCGAUGUCAUCUCUUUCUACACCACUACCGACUCUGAAGGUGAAGUCGUUACCACUUCUACCACCUACCCAGUCACCUCUUCUGGUGUUCCAGCUCCAGUCACUACUGUUGUAUCCUCUGGUAGCCACACCGAAACCGAUGUCAUCUCUUUCUACACCACUACCGACUCUGAAGGUGAAGUCGUUACCACUUCUACCACCUACCCAGUCACCUCAUCAGGUGUUCCAGCUCCAGUCACUACUGUUGUAUCCUCUGGUAGCCACACCGAAACCGAUGUCAUCUCUUUCUACACCACUACCGACUCUGAAGGUGAAGUCGUUACCACUUCUACCACCUACCCAGUCACCUCAUCAGGUGUUCCAGCUCCAGUCACUACUGUUGUAUCCUCUGGUAGCCACACCGAAACCGAUGUCAUCUCUUUCUACACCACUACCGACUCUGAAGGUGAAGUCGUUACCACUUCUACCACCUACCCAGUCACCUCUUCUGGUGUUCCAGCUCCAGUCACUACUGUUGUAUCCUCUGGUAGCCACACCGAAACCGAUGUCAUCUCUUUCUACACCACUACCGACUCUGAAGGUGAAGUCGUUACCACUUCUACCACCUACCCAGUCACCUCAUCAGGUGUUCCAGCUCCAGUCACUACUGUUGUAUCCUCUGGUAGCCACACCGAAACCGAUGUCAUCUCUUUCUACACCACUACCGACUCUGAAGGUGAAGUCGUUACCACUUCUACCACCUACCCAGUCACCUCUUCUGGUGUUCCAGCUCCAGUCACUACUGUUGUAUCCUCUGGUAGCCACACCGAAACCGAUGUCAUCUCUUUCUACACCACUACCGACUCUGAAGGUGAAGUCGUUACCACUUCUACCACCUACCCAGUCACCUCUUCUGGUGUUCCAGCUCCAGUCACUACUGUCGUAUCCUCUGGUAGCCACACCGAAACCGAUGUCAUCUCUUUCUACACCACUACCGACUCUGAAGGUGAAGUCGUUACCACUUCUACCACCUACCCAGUCACCUCUUCUGGUGUUCCAGCUCCAGUCACUACUGUUGUAUCCUCUGGUAGCCACACCGAAACCGAUGUCAUCUCUUUCUACACCACUACCGACUCUGAAGGUGAAGUCGUUACCACUUCUACCACCUACCCAGUCACCUCAUCAGGUGUUCCAGCUCCAGUCACUACUGUUGUAUCCUCUGGUAGCCACACCGAAACUGAUGUCAUCUCUUUCUACACCACUACCGACUCUGAAGGUGAAGUCGUUACCACUUCUACCACCUACCCAGUCACCUCAUCAGGUGUUCCAGCUCCAGUCACUACUGUUGUAUCCUCUGGUAGCCACACCGAAACCGACGUCAUCUCUUUCUACACCACUACCGACUCUGAAGGUGAAGUCGUUACCACUUCUACCACCUACCCAGUCACCUCAUCAGGUGUUCCAGCUCCAGUCACUACUGUUGUAUCCUCUGGUAGCUACACCGAAACCGACGUCAUCUCUUUCUACACCACUACCGACUCUGAAGGUGAAGUCGUUACCACUUCUACCACCUACCCAGUCACCUCAUCAGGUGUUCCAGCUCCAGUCACUACUGUUGUAUCCUCUGGUAGCCACACCGAAACCGAUGUCAUCUCUUUCUACACCACUACCGACUCUGAAGGUGAAGUCGUUACCACUUCUACCACCUACCCAGUCACUUCAUCACGUGUUCCAGCUCCAGUCACUACUGUUGUAUCCUCUGGUAGCCACACCGAAACCGACGUCAUCUCUUUCUACACCACUACCGACUCUGAAGGUGAAGUCGUUACCACUUCUACCACCUACCCAGUCACCUCAUCAGGUGUUCCAGCUCCAGUCACUACUGUUGUAUCCUCUGGUAGCUACACCGAAACCGACGUCAUCUCUUUCUACACCACUACCGACUCUGAAGGUGAAGUCGUUACCACUUCUACCACCUACCCAGUCACCUCAUCAGGUGUUCCAGCUCCAGUCACUACUGUUGUAUCCUCUGGUAGCCACACCGAAACCGAUGUCAUCUCUUUCUACACCACUACCGACUCUGAAGGUGAAGUCGUUACCACUUCUACCACCUACCCAGUCACCUCAUCAGGUGUUCCAGCUCCAGUCACUACUGUUGUAUCCUCUGGUAGCCACACCGAAACCGACGUCAUCUCUUUCUACACCACUACCGACUCUGAAGGUGAAGUCGUUACCACUUCUACCACCUACCCAGUCACCUCUUCUGGUGUUCCAGCUCCAGUCACUACAGUUGUAUCCUCUGGUAGCCACACCGAAACCGAUGUCAUCUCUUUCUACACCACUACCGACUCUGAAGGUGAAGUCGUUACCACUUCUACCACCUACCCAGUCACCUCAUCAGGUGUUCCAGCUCCAGUCACUACUGUUGUAUCCUCUGGUAGCCACACCGAAACCGAUGUCAUCUCUUUCUACACCACUACCGACUCUGAAGGUGAAGUCGUUACCACUUCUACCACCUACCCAGUCACCUCAUCAGGUGUUCCAGCUCCAGUCACUACUGUUGUAUCCUCUGGUAGCCACACCGAAACCGAUGUCAUCUCUUUCUACACCACUACCGACUCUGAAGGUGAAGUCGUUACCACUUCUACCACCUACCCAGUCACCUCUUCUGGUGUUCCAGCUCCAGUCACUACUGUUGUAUCCUCUGGUAGCCACACCGAAACCGACGUCAUCUCUUUCUACACCACUACCGACUCUGAAGGUGAAGUCGUUACCACUUCUACCACCUACCCAGUCACCUCAUCAGGUGUUCCAGCUCCAGUCACUACUGUUGUAUCCUCUGGUAGCCACACCGAAACCGACGUCAUCUCUUUCUACACCACUACCGACUCUGAAGGUGAAGUCGUUACCACUUCUACCACCUACCCAGUCACCUCUUCUGGUGUUCCAGCUCCAGUCACUACUGUUGUAUCCUCUGGUAGCCACACCGAAACCGAUGUCAUCUCUUUCUACACCACUACCGACUCUGAAGGUGAAGUCGUUACCACUUCUACCACCUACCCAGUCACCUCUUCUGGUGUUCCAGCUCCAGUCACUACUGUUGUAUCCUCUGGUAGCCACACCGAAACCGAUGUCAUCUCUUUCUACACCACUACCGACUCUGAAGGUGAAGUCGUUACCACUUCUACCACCUACCCAGUCACCUCUUCUGGUGUUCCAGCUCCAGUCACUACUGUUGUAUCCUCUGGUAGCCACACCGAAACCGACGUCAUCUCUUUCUACACCACUACCGACUCUGAAGGUGAAGUCGUUACCACUUCUACCACCUACCCAGUCACCUCAUCAGGUGUUCCAGCUCCAGUCACUACUGUUGUAUCCUCUGGUAGCCACACCGAAACCGACGUCAUCUCUUUCUACACCACUACCGACUCUGAAGGUGAAGUCGUUACCACUUCUACCACCUACCCAGUCACCUCUUCUGGUGUUCCAGCUCCAGUCACUACUGUUGUAUCCUCUGGUAGCCACACCGAAACCGACGUCAUCUCUUUCUACACCACUACCGACUCUGAAGGUGAAGUCGUUACCACUUCUACCACCUACCCAGUCACCUCUUCUGGUGUUCCAGCUCCAGUCACUACUGUUGUAUCCUCUGGUAGCCACACCGAAACCGAUGUCAUCUCUUUCUACACCACUACCGACUCUGAAGGUGAAGUCGUUACCACUUCUACCACCUACCCAGUCACCUCUUCUGGUGUUCCAGCUCCAGUCACUACUGUUGUAUCCUCUGGUAGCCACACCGAAACCGAUGUCAUCUCUUUCUACACCACUACCGACUCUGAAGGUGAAGUCGUUACCACUUCUACCACCUACCCAGUCACCUCUUCUGGUGUUCCAGCUCCAGUCACUACUGUUGUAUCCUCUGGUAGCCACACCGAAACCGAUGUCAUCUCUUUCUACACCACUACCGACUCUGAAGGUGAAGUCGUUACCACUUCUACCACCUACCCAGUCACCUCUUCUGGUGUUCCAGCUCCAGUCACUACUGUUGUAUCCUCUGGUAGCCACACCGAAACCGACGUCAUCUCUUUCUACACCACUACCGACUCUGAAGGUGAAGUCGUUACCACUUCUACCACCUACCCAGUCACCUCUUCUGGUGUUCCAGCUCCAGUCACUACUGUUGUAUCCUCUGGUAGCCACACCGAAACCGAUGUCAUCUCUUUCUACACCACUACCGACUCUGAAGGUGAAGUCGUUACCACUUCUACCACCUACCCAGUCACCUCAUCAGGUGUUCCAGCUCCAGUCACUACUGUUGUAUCCUCUGGUAGCCACACCGAAACCGACGUCAUCUCUUUCUACACCACUACCGACUCUGAAGGUGAAGUCGUUACCACUUCUACCACCUACCCAGUCACCUCUUCUGGUGUUCCAGCUCCAGUCACUACUGUUGUAUCCUCUGGUAGCCACACCGAAACCGAUGUCAUCUCUUUCUACACCACUACCGACUCUGAAGGUGAAGUCGUUACCACUUCUACCACCUACCCAGUCACCUCUUCUGGUGUUCCAGCUCCAGUCACUACUGUUGUAUCCUCUGGUAGCCACACCGAAACCGAUGUCAUCUCUUUCUACACCACUACCGACUCUGAAGGUGAAGUCGUUACCACUUCUACCACCUACCCAGUCACCUCAUCAGGUGUUCCAGCUCCAGUCACUACUGUUGUAUCCUCUGGUAGCCACACCGAAACCGAUGUCAUCUCUUUCUACACCACUACCGACUCUGAAGGUGAAGUCGUUACCACUUCUACCACCUACCCAGUCACCUCUUCUGGUGUUCCAGCUCCAGUCACUACAGUUGUAUCCUCUGGUAGCCACACCGAAACCGAUGUCAUCUCUUUCUACACCACUACCGACUCUGAAGGUGAAGUCGUUACCACUUCUACCACCUACCCAGUCACCUCAUCAGGUGUUCCAGCUCCAGUCACUACAGUUGUAUCCUCUGGUAGCCACACCGAAACCGAUGUCAUCUCUUUCUACACCACUACCGACUCUGAAGGUGAAGUCGUUACCACUUCUACCACCUACCCAGUCACCUCAUCAGGUGUUCCAGCUCCAGUCACUACUGUUGUAUCCUCUGGUAGCCACACCGAAACCGAUGUCAUCUCUUUCUACACCACUACCGACUCUGAAGGUGAAGUCGUUACCACUUCUACCACCUACCCAGUCACCUCUUCUGGUGUUCCAGCUCCAGUCACUACUGUUGUAUCCUCUGGUAGCCACACCGAAACCGAUGUCAUCUCUUUCUACACCACUACCGACUCUGAAGGUGAAGUCGUUACCACUUCUACCACCUACCCAGUCACCUCAUCAGGUGUUCCAGCUCCAGUCACUACUGUUGUAUCCUCUGGUAGCCACACCGAAACCGAUGUCAUCUCUUUCUACACCACUACCGACUCUGAAGGUGAAGUCGUUACCACUUCUACCACCUACCCAGUCACCUCAUCAGGUGUUCCAGCUCCAGUCACUACUGUUGUAUCCUCUGGUAGCCACACCGAAACCGAUGUCAUCUCUUUCUACACCACUACCGACUCUGAAGGUGAAGUCGUUACCACUUCUACCACCUACCCAGUCACCUCUUCUGGUGUUCCAGCUCCAGUCACUACAGUUGUAUCCUCUGGUAGCCACACCGAAACCGAUGUCAUCUCUUUCUACACCACUACCGACUCUGAAGGUGAAGUCGUUACCACUUCUACCACCUACCCAGUCACCUCAUCAGGUGUUCCAGCUCCAGUCACUACUGUUGUAUCCUCUGGUAGCCACACCGAAACCGACGUCAUCUCUUUCUACACCACUACCGACUCUGAAGGUGAAGUCGUUACCACUUCUACCACCUACCCAGUCACCUCUUCUGGUGUUCCAGCUCCAGUCACUACUGUUGUAUCCUCUGGUAGCCACACCGAAACCGAUGUCAUCUCUUUCUACACCACUACCGACUCUGAAGGUGAAGUCGUUACCACUUCUACCACCUACCCAGUCACCUCUUCUGGUGUUCCAGCUCCAGUCACUACUGUUGUAUCCUCUGGUAGCCACACCGAAACCGAUGUCAUCUCUUUCUACACCACUACCGACUCUGAAGGUGAAGUCGUUACCACUUCUACCACCUACCCAGUCACCUCAUCAGGUGUUCCAGCUCCAGUCACUACUGUUGUAUCCUCUGGUAGCCACACCGAAACCGAUGUCAUCUCUUUCUACACCACUACCGACUCUGAAGGUGAAGUCGUUACCACUUCUACCACCUACCCAGUCACCUCUUCUGGUGUUCCAGCUCCAGUCACUACUGUUGUAUCCUCUGGUAGCCACACCGAAACCGACGUCAUCUCUUUCUACACCACUACCGACUCUGAAGGUGAAGUCGUUACCACUUCUACCACCUACCCAGUCACCUCAUCAGGUGUUCCAGCUCCAGUCACUACUGUUGUAUCCUCUGGUAGCCACACCGAAACCGACGUCAUCUCUUUCUACACCACUACCGACUCUGAAGGUGAAGUCGUUACCACUUCUACCACCUACCCAGUCACCUCUUCUGGUGUUCCAGCUCCAGUCACUACUGUUGUAUCCUCUGGUAGCCACACCGAAACCGAUGUCAUCUCUUUCUACACCACUACCGACUCUGAAGGUGAAGUCGUUACCACUUCUACCACCUACCCAGUCACCUCUUCUGGUGUUCCAGCUCCAGUCACUACUGUUGUAUCCUCUGGUAGCCACACCGAAACCGACGUCAUCUCUUUCUACACCACUACCGACUCUGAAGGUGAAGUCGUUACCACUUCUACCACCUACCCAGUCACCUCAUCAGGUGUUCCAGCUCCAGUCACUACUGUUGUAUCCUCUGGUAGCCACACCGAAACCGAUGUCAUCUCUUUCUACACCACUACCGACUCUGAAGGUGAAGUCGUUACCACUUCUACCACCUACCCAGUCACCUCAUCAGGUGUUCCAGCUCCAGUCACUACUGUUGUAUCCUCUGGUAGCUACACCGAAACCGACGUCAUCUCUUUCUACACCACUACCGACUCUGAAGGUGAAGUCGUUACCACUUCUACCACCUACCCAGUCACCUCUUCUGGUGUUCCAGCUCCAGUCACUACUGUUGUAUCCUCUGGUAGCCACACCGAAACCGACGUCAUCUCUUUCUACACCACUACCGACUCUGAAGGUGAAGUCGUUACCACUUCUACCACCUACCCAGUCACCUCAUCAGGUGUUCCAGCUCCAGUCACUACUGUUGUAUCCUCUGGUAGCCACACCGAAACCGACGUCAUCUCUUUCUACACCACUACCGACUCUGAAGGUGAAGUCGUUACCACUUCUACCACCUACCCAGUCACCUCUUCUGGUGUUCCAGCUCCAGUCACUACUGUUGUAUCCUCUGGUAGCCACACCGAAACCGAUGUCAUCUCUUUCUACACCACUACCGACUCUGAAGGUGAAGUCGUUACCACUUCUACCACCUACCCAGUCACCUCUUCUGGUGUUCCAGCUCCAGUCACUACUGUUGUAUCCUCUGGUAGCCACACCGAAACCGACGUCAUCUCUUUCUACACCACUACCGACUCUGAAGGUGAAGUCGUUACCACUUCUACCACCUACCCAGUCACCUCUUCUGGUGUUCCAGCUCCAGUCACUACUGUUGUAUCCUCUGGUAGCCACACCGAAACCGAUGUCAUCUCUUUCUACACCACUACCGACUCUGAAGGUGAAGUCGUUACCACUUCUACCACCUACCCAGUCACCUCAUCAGGUGUUCCAGCUCCAGUCACUACUGUUGUAUCCUCUGGUAGCCACACCGAAACCGACGUCAUCUCUUUCUACACCACUACCGACUCUGAAGGUGAAGUCGUUACCACUUCUACCACCUACCCAGUCACCUCAUCAGGUGUUCCAGCUCCAGUCACUACUGUUGUAUCCUCUGGUAGCCACACCGAAACCGAUGUCAUCUCUUUCUACACCACUACCGACUCUGAAGGUGAAGUCGUUACCACUUCUACCACCUACCCAGUCACCUCUUCUGGUGUUCCAGCUCCAGUCACUACUGUUGUAUCCUCUGGUAGCCACACCGAAACCGACGUCAUCUCUUUCUACACCACUACCGACUCUGAAGGUGAAGUCGUUACCACUUCUACCACCUACCCAGUCACCUCUUCUGGUGUUCCAGCUCCAGUCACUACAGUUGUAUCCUCUGGUAGCCACACCGAAACCGAUGUCAUCUCUUUCUACACCACUACCGACUCUGAAGGUGAAGUCGUUACCACUUCUACCACCUACCCAGUCACCUCUUCUGGUGUUCCAGCUCCAGUCACUACUGUUGUAUCCUCUGGUAGCCACACCGAAACCGAUGUCAUCUCUUUCUACACCACUACCGACUCUGAAGGUGAAGUCGUUACCACUUCUACCACCUACCCAGUCACCUCUUCUGGUGUUCCAGCUCCAGUCACUACUGUUGUAUCCUCUGGUAGCCACACCGAAACCGACGUCAUCUCUUUCUACACCACUACCGACUCUGAAGGUGAAGUCGUUACCACUUCUACCACCUACCCAGUCACCUCAUCAGGUGUUCCAGCUCCAGUCACUACUGUUGUAUCCUCUGGUAGCCACACCGAAACCGACGUCAUCUCUUUCUACACCACUACCGACUCUGAAGGUGAAGUCGUUACCACUUCUACCACCUACCCAGUCACCUCUUCUGGUGUUCCAGCUCCAGUCACUACAGUUGUAUCCUCUGGUAGCCACACCGAAACCGAUGUCAUCUCUUUCUACACCACUACCGACUCUGAAGGUGAAGUCGUUACCACUUCUACCACCUACCCAGUCACCUCUUCUGGUGUUCCAGCUCCAGUCACUACUGUUGUAUCCUCUGGUAGCCACACCGAAACCGAUGUCAUCUCUUUCUACACCACUACCGACUCUGAAGGUGAAGUCGUUACCACUUCUACCACCUACCCAGUCACCUCUUCUGGUGUUCCAGCUCCAGUCACUACAGUUGUAUCCUCUGGUAGCCACACCGAAACCGAUGUC